AUGUCGGUAGUGAUGCCAAUGCACGCCUUCACCAAACCCCGAUAUGGCGAUCGAAGAUAUUCGUCGCUUGAGUCGAUCCUGGAUAACCCCACGCAACUACUGAUGUCCUCCCAGGCGGUUGAGCGACCCAUUGGCGGGGACCUGGACAUCUUAUCUGCCUCGCAGUAUCCCCAGGGACUCAUGCAGCCUUACGAAGAAAUGGAGGCGCAGAACCCAAGGAAACGGAAGGCCACCAGCUCAAUGGACCAGCUUUACGGCGGUAUCGUGCUGGCUGGCUCUGCCGCGAGCGAGAGCAAUCGUUCCUCGUCUGCCGAACACGACACACCUUCGACCCAGAAGAAAGCAAAGUCCACCAAGCGAGCCUCGACCAAUGAAGGUGAUGAACAGGCCAUGGAGAAGAAGCAGAGGGGCCGUCCUAGGCUCGAUACCCACGAUGAGACGGCAGCAGACCGCCGUCGCACCCAGAUCCGGUUGGCGCAAAGGGCGUACCGCCACCGCAAGGAGACGACCAUCUCGGCGCUGAAGCAGAAAGUCACAGACCUCCAGAACACCAUCGAACAGAUGAACAAGACCUUCCUGACCCUGCACGAUAACAUGGUCGACGCGGGCAUCCUGGCCUCUCACUACGCACUGGGCCGUCAGCUCCAGUCCGCCACGGAAGCAUUUGUUGCCCUCUCCAAGAUUGCAUCUCCCGAGUCGGACGAUGAAGAAGAGGCCGCCAUAGCGGCUCUCACGCAGGGCGAAGGCAAGGCGUCUCCCGAAGCAGGUGAGAAAAGCAACAACAGGCGAGGCAGCGGCUCGAAAGACGCAAAGUUGUCCUCGUCUACUACAAAGCCGUCGGCGAAGAAGACUAAUGUACGUCGCGGUGUCAGCUUCAACGACCACGGCUCCCCCGACGCGGAAGCUGACGUGGAAGACUUACCCGCCGCAAGCCAGUCCGUCGGCACCUUUCUCGCACCAUCGCAGACAGCCUGGACGUUAGACAACUCCAACAUCCACGGCCUGAACGAGGUGCUCUCCUUCGACGCCAACACAACCAUCCCCGACGCCAUCCUCUACGACGAUCUGAAAGAGAAACUCGUCGUCGAGAGACCGCUCAACCCGCCGAACCAGCCGCAAGGCUCCUCCUACACAUACUCGUUCCAAGAGACCACGUUCGCGCGCCGGCUGCACCGGAUGUGUCUGGAGCGCGCGUUCCGUAACCUGACGAGCCCGAGCAUCGACCCGGCGUACAUCAAGCGCGUCUUCCGCUUCACGUUCUGCUUCUCCAACCGCAGGCGCAUGCUCCAGCGGUUCCAGGAGGUGCUGAAGCGCCGGGCCGGCGAGUCGCUGGAGAACUGGAACGUGCCCUUCUUCCACAUCGGCGGCGCGGGCACCCACUUCCCCCGCCGCGACGACGACGGCAACCCCAUCUACCCACCCAACAUGGUCAGCCCGGCCCGGGCAUUCGGCCCGCAGCCGUACGUCGAGGCCGAGACCCCGCGGCUCGAGGCCUCGAUGCAGGAAAUGCUCGACAACAUCGGCUUCGGCGGCAUCUGGUUCGACAGCCACGACGUCGAGGAAUACCUCAAGACAAAGGGCCUCUAUCUCACUGGGCAGAGCAGCUUUGUCGAAGUCGACCCCGCGGUCCUCUCGCUCGUCAAAUCCACCAACUCGUCGACGACCACCAACAGUGACGGGGAUGCGUCCACGUCGGACCACUCCCCGCUCGAAAACGCGCUGCGGACGCCCUCCCCUUUACUACCCGUCGAGCACUUCACCGACCCGUUCAUCGCCCCUGACUUGUCGGAGCUGUGGGGGCCACUCCUCCAGCCCGCCGCCACCGUGACGACCACGGCGCCAGCCACGGCCAGAGUAUUCACCCCGGCCGCGUCUAGCGCACAGACGCCCAAAUCUACCAAUGGCGACGACGACGACAGCAACAUCUGGGCGAGUUUCCCGUUCCCGUUCUCUAGCGGCCCAGGGACUUCGACCCCACCUGGUUUCUCUGACGACCUGUUAGGGUCGAUGAGGAGGAGGAGGCAGCCGACCCGCCCUCUUCUCACGUUCGACGUGGAGAUGUUUCUCGAGCGCAUGAUCGAGGGGAGUGCCUGUCUCGGGCGGGCCCCGGGGUUCAGAAAGGCCGCCAUCGAUCAGGCCCUCGUGGCGAGUCUGCAGGAGGGGUUCUAG